CAUCAUGUAACCUGAAGUAUCUAAAGCCCUGAUAUUACACACUACAGUAGGAACAGUAGGUGGCGGUAUGCACAUAUACUCGUUGGUUUGCGAUCCGCCAUUAAUCAGAGAAGAAGAAGAAGAACCGAGAGAAGAAGAAGAAGAAGAAGUAGUAUGUUUGUGAUCGGAGCCUGUGACCAGAGGGGUAGACGGUGCUUUAGCUAAGUCUUCCUUCACUUGCUCAACACUUAAACCCGUCGAGUUUCCACUACAGCUGUAAUAGCUCCUGAUCCUGCGAGGGGAGUUGAACGGUAUUAACAGAAGGACGGAGCCGCCGGAGAGCCACCGAGCCACCGCCUGUAGGGACCAUGUCCAGCCGCCUGGCCUUCCAGACCCAGAUGGCCUCCAUCAUGGAGGUCCUUGCUAACGCAGCAGUGGCGGAGAUCUGUAAGCUGGUGGACGACGACUAUGCGGUGGUGAGUUUACAGAUGUCUCAGUGCCAGAGAGAGAACAAAGCCCUGAAGAGGAAGCUGCAUCUGCUGGAGCUGAAGAUGGCCCGAGGCAACGCCGAGAGGAGGCUGCGGGAGAGCGCCAUGAACAGCAGCCGAGCGAGGGGGCAGAUCCACGGGAGCGACAGGCUGCGGGAGUCCUCGCCUUCCACCGGUGGUGUUUUUGAGCGACGGAUGGAUGUGGCUCUGUGGUCUAGUAGAGCUGCUGUAGGGGUUGCAAGCAGUGAGCCGGUCCAUUCUGACAGCAUCCAGAGCAAGUCUCCAGACGUGGAGCUGGUGGAGCCAGAGGCAGUGCUGGUGAAGGAGGAGAAGGUGGAGGCACACAUGUCACGAGUUGAAGAAACAGAGGAAGACGUGCCGCUUAUAGGAGAUGAUGGAAUGGUGGAGUGUGUCCCUCGUGGACCUGCAGGACGGAGACCCAGCCUUGAACUGCAGGACACCCAGUCCAUUUCCAGUCAGUCCCGGUCCCAGUUCCAGAGCAGCAGGACGCGGUGCACCGGCAGCAGCAGCAGCAGCAGCAGCAGAGGAGUGGAGAAGGAGGAGGAGCCAGAUGUGGUGCUGGUGAAGGUAGAGGAGGUAGAGGAGGUGGAGCCGUUGACGGGGGCGACGGGGGCUCAGAGCCAGACGGGCCUCAGCAUACAAGAGGGGUUGGUGGAGUCGAGCACCGAUGACUACAGAGCAGUUCUGCCAUUUGAUGAAAUCACACAAACUUGCACCAAUCAGCUGUCUGACCUCCAGGAAUCUGGGCGGGGCUUCUCAGAGUCUGCAGCACCUCAGUCGACGCCUGUGAUAUCGCAAGACUCCAGCAGUAUGGUAGCAGUCCAACUGAGGGUACCAGACACCAACACACCAGCCAGCCCCAAAACACCACAACAGCAGAGAUCCAGUAACAACAACCCUCUCAGCUCUGAAUACUCUCUGUUUGAAUUGGAGACAUUGUUCACCCGCUGGGCCCCUGAGAAUGACUCUGUAGCGGCCCGCAGGGGCCCUUCAUGUCCUCUCACCACUGAUGACUCAGCAGGAGAGUGUGACCAGGAUGGAGUUAUUAUUAUAAAGACUGAAGCACAAUCUCAAUCUGUGCUAAAGCCAGCACAAGACUCAGUAUCCUCAGCAGUGGGGAUGAGUGGAGGGCAGAGUUUCUCCUCUGUUCAGAUCCCGCCGUCUGUGUCACAAGCAGAGACCUCUGUGUCAAUACCUCUGAGGAUGCAGGCUUCAUCUUCCCAGCCUCCAUGGAGCAGAAAACCAGUCAUGAUAAGAAGUUCUCAGGCCCAGCUGCUGCAGCAGCAUCGUGACAGCAAUGCUGCUCAGAGGACGGUGUGGUCUGUGCAGAGGGAAUGCUGUGCUGUUGAUACCACAGCUGCUGUCAGUAAUACUCACAGUGGUGAUAAAAGGAUUUCUGGUAUCAGCUCAAUCAGUAGGACUGUGAGCUCUACUGUGACUCCAUCUGUCAGUGAAUCCACAGCAGCGUUGGCCAGCAUUGAGGUAGCCAUCGCCGCACGGCAUAGAGCCAGCCUUCUGGCUUGCCGCAAUAUAAACCAGGCUGCUAAGAUUGUGUCUAGCGAUCGCCGCAGAAAGAGCUACAUAUGCCGAACCUGCGGCAAGGCUUUCUCUGGCCUGUCAAAUCUGGAGGCUCAUGAAAGAGUCCACACAGGGGAGAAACCUUUCCACUGUGACACCUGCGGGAAAUACUUCUCAGAGGCCGGGAACCUGAAGAAGCACCAGAGAGUUCACACUGGGGAGAAACCCUUCAGCUGUGACCUGUGUGGGAAGAGGUUUGCUUGGAUCUGCAACCUGAGGACACAUCAGCAAUCAGCCACAGGCUGCGGACCACAGGCUAGGGGAGGGCUAGGACUGGAGGACAGGAUUGUUAAUACUAGUAGUAUUUCAUUCACACACACAGACACACCUUGAUAUUUCUUCAUUCCUAAAUAGUGAUACGGCAACAAUACAAAGUUUGAAACAGUUACCUUAUUUACUUAUUCUGUCUCCAGAUCUUUUGUGUCCUUGAUAUAUGAUGAAACACUGACUUAUAGCUCUCAUUUAAAAGAUCAAACCAGUGUUUUUCAUUAGCUACAAAUCAUAAAUCCUAUACAUUUCUACUGACCGUUUACCAAAGUAGGUUAUGUUGUUUUAGAAUUUUGAAUGUGUUGUUCAUAGACUGUUUAUAAAGAUGGAUGGCAUGACAACUCCCCAAAAAUGAAGACAAAACAUCUCGAAAGCUAAAAAGGUCACGUUGGCGAUGGCAGCGCCCGUAUCCGGGAUAUUUUGGCUUCACCUCUGUACUUUGGGAGGAAGUGGAGAUUCGUCGUCCAUCUUUUAAGGAGUCCAUGGCGUUGUUCCAGGCAGUCACUGCUUUCAUUUAAUGCAGUUUAAGUGCAGUACAGCACUGUAAUACCAUACAUAAUUAUAAUAAAUAUUAUGAUAUAUAAUAUAAUAAUUAGCGGACUUAUACAACAUCUGCAACCUGAACGCAUGAUGUUCACUGUGAUUCAUUUGUUUCAAGUGUCUGAAGUUGAUUUUCAUGCUUUACAGAAAUAAACAGAUACUUAAAGGCUG